GCCCUUUUAUUGUGGGCAAGGACUGUUUUCAACCCUUGAGCGAGGUCACUCUUCCCCCUUCCCCCUCCCAGUGGGAGCUUCCAGGCCUCCUUUUGGCCUAUCUAUUCAGACCAGUUAGGCAAGAUGCCCCACCUGGUGGCAGUAGGGAAGUCCCUGGCCUGACAUGGAUGGGGGGAGGGGGGGAACCAGGAGCCCAGAACAAAGACUGCCCCACCCACUCCUGUCCCUGAGGCCUGGCUUCCAGGGAACAGAACCGGGAGCCAGCCUAGACUCCCAGCCCUGAGUGACCAGAGUUGACUUGCCAGGAGUGGGCUCCUGUCUGAGGAUGAAUUCCACCCCCCCCCCCCCCACACACACACACACACAGGCCGCGCUGAGCACAUGGUGCCUUGUCAAAUCUGGCUGCACACCCCCGGAAUCCUUGCUCAAGUAUGUGCGCGUGCCCCAGGCAGGUGCAAAGGCCAUCCAAGCUUACCGGUCGCGGCCCUCUCUGGGACUGCUGGGAAGAGCCAAGCAGUCCUGCGUCUUUGGAGAGGGCUGGGGCUGCGGGGGUGGGACAGCCUUCUCCGGAGGACACCUCCCAAGGGCCGCCCCGCCCGUGAGCCGGGAAUCCUGAGCGCUGUUCCCUGUCCGCGGGAGGGUCGCGGCAGGGACAUCACAGAGGCGGCGACAUCACAGGCGCCGGCGCCCCCCCCCCCCCAACCCCCAACCAAAGAGCUCACUGGAGGCGGAGGGGCAGCAGCCAGCAGCCCGCUGGCAGAGCCUCGGUCAGCAUGGGGGUGACAGGUGCCAAUGGAUUUCCCUGCUGUGGCAAGGAGUCAGUGGACAUUGUGGAGACGCAGGGCACCAUAACCCAACACCAGUUCCAGCAGGCACAAGAAAAAGAGGAGACUGAGCCGGAGAAAGAAUUGCUAGAACUGAAGCCCGUGCAGAAAGAGGACCUGGACCUUAAGCCAAAAGUGGAGCUGGAGCCCGAGCCAAAGCCCAAGGACCCUGAGCAGCAGGAGUACAGGACAGAGUUCCUCCAGCCCUUCCCGCAGCAGGACAUCAGCCAGUGGAGCGUGAGGUCCAAUUCCAGCUACCUGAGUGCUGCCGAGGAGGGCAGGGCGUCCGCCAACCAUCGCUCCAUCCGCGUGCAGACCUCCAAGCACCUCUUCUGGGCAGACAAACUCAUCCAGGCUUCCGAACAUAGCCUGCAGCAGGCGGUCGGCAGGCAGCUGGACAAGAAGAGUACAGGUAAGGCCACCAGCCAUCAGGACCAGCAGUCCAACCUCAAGGGUGCCACGUGCUCCAAGCAGCAGCUCCAGAGCCCCCACGCCCAGCCAGCUCCUCCGGCCGCAGACGCCCAGCAGCCACCGGAUCCCCACCCGGCCUCCCCCAGUCCCUCACCAGCCAUUGGCCUGGCAGAGCUGAUCAACUUUGCGUCUUCCUUGGCCGUGGCCUCCUCCAGCAAUAUGGACUUGCCCAAAUUGGAGCAUAUGAUCAAAGCUCCAGCGCAGAAGGCCGAGGCGCCUUCUACAGAUCCUGCCGUCCCACCGGCCGUGGACCAGCCGGAGAAGGAAGAGCUCGCUAAGGAAUGGCUAGAGAAACCACUCGAAGCAGGGGAGCCACAGAAAGCUUGGAAGCAGGAAGACAAGAGCUUCCCCCACUCUUACCUUGACUUCAACAAGCCGGGGGUCAAGAGGGCCACCAUCGAGGGGGAAGUGAAGCUUCUCCAGGCACCGACCAUAUCCCUUCCGCCUCAAGGAGCCGUGGAAGAGCCUCCACAGAAGCCUCGAAGACUGCUCCCACCAGACCCAGGAGAGGAGCAGCCCUGCAGGAUGCAGAAGGGGAGGCCGCAGCAGCCUACUGCCCUGCUGACCCAGGUGGAGCCAGCAUCCAUCAGGGCCACAGGGGCUGAGCAGGCUUCCCCGAGGGCCAGGGAGCGCAAGCGCCUUGCAGCUACCCGUUUGGUGCAGUCUGGCUCAGGUUCUGGGUCUCAGAGCAGAAGCAGCUGUGCAGACGAGAACCUGCUACCCAUGACACCCCGGCAGCUGGCAGCGUUCCAGGAGAUCUUCAAACUGUUCAGCCCCAGCCCGACAGGCACUGUGGACAUGCGCAGCAUGAGAGCUGCCCUGCGCCACGUGGGAAUCCAGCUGAGCCCUCAGGAGAUGUGUGAGGCUCUGCGGCAGGCAGACCUGGACGGUGAUGGAACUGUAAGCUUCAAAGACUUCCUGGGUGUCCUUACCGACAGCUACCGCCUGGCUCAGUGCUUGGGCCAGGCGAGGAACAGCCGGUUCUAUGACCCCCAGGGCCUACAGACCCUGUUCUUAGAGAUUCUGUUCAAGCUGAUGAGCCAGGGCUUUGUCCCCCACAAGUUGGUGCAGGAAGUGAUGAGGUGCGCGCAGCCCCUACUCUCAGAUCCCUAACUUGGCGAGGCAGACACCGCCAGAAAACAGGAGGCAGAAACGAGCCCCGCGCCCUAACGUCCGACUUCUCAAGUCCUGCCAGCCCAGCAGCCACAAGCUUGGGCCCAACCAAG